AUGACAUUUACCCACACCCCAACCCAGCUGACCCUCUUGUGGCUCGCUUUCUCCCUCCCCGCCGUGACCUGGGACUUUUUUUAUGUCAUAUUCCGGCCUCACACAAUGCCUGGCGGGUCCAUACACUCGCCCUUCUGGGUACCCUACGCGCUCUACGGCGAGGUGGACGGCAACUACGGCUGGAAGCAGUGGCACGCCGGGUCUGGGUUCCCGGCUGCACAGAGCUGGAUGAACGCCAUCGAGACGGCCAUGUACCUCGUGUAUGCUUGGAUUUGGUGGACGAGUAAAGAUCAGGUUACUGGGGAGAUUAGGGGAAAGAGGGCGGCGGCGGCGGUGUUGACUGGUUUUGCGGCCGGGGUUAUGACCGAGAGCAAGACUGUGCUGUAUUGGCUGAAUGAGAUUUGUUCGGGGUAUGAGAACAUUGGGCAGAACGAUCUCUUUAGGCUGGUGGUUCUUUGGGUGGUGCCGAAGUAA